AUGUCCAAACUAAUUGCUAAGAUAAAGGAUAACGACUCCAAUGGCGACAAGAGCUCCAAACACCACCACUCCUUAAGCAAUAUAUUCCACCUUCAUACGGACUCCGCAGGCUCUGAGGAACUGACUGUCAAAUCCAUUACCAGGAAGACCAGAUCCAGAUCCAAUUCUUUGAAUAAAGGAGGCAAUGGCGCUGCGUCCCAUUCAGGAGCAACUCCGUCAUACGCUACCCACAGAGCAUCAAGGUCCAAUCGCCAUUCACUCAACAGUACCACUGGUGCUACUGCUAAUGAUAGACUUCGCAGCUCCGUGUCUCCGUUGCCUAACCCGCUAAUCAAAUCUCAGUCAAUGGACCACUCCCUCAGUCUUACCAGCCAGCCGUACAGUGCAAUUAGUAGCAAUGUUGGCGAUAUCAGCAUAAGCAAUACAAUGAGUGCGUCAAUUCCUAGAUCGACCUCUACCCCACUUAUUCACGUUGGUAAUGAUCAAAGUAAUACAAGUCUUCAAGACUCCAAUUCCCCACAGCCAUUUCCCAGUGUUGAAAGUCCAACAGAGGCUGCUCCACCUAGUAAGCAUUCGAAUGGCUUCUUUUCUACCAUGUUAAGUGCAAUUAGUUCUCCUGUGCCACAUGAAUCACAGACCGACGAGGAGAAAGAUAAAGACCACGGCACUAGUAUUAGCGCCACUAAUAGUCAUACCAACAACAAUAAUAAUAACCACAACACGCUGUUCUCAAGUAAAUUAGACUUCUUGCUCAAGCCAGCGAAGUUUGGAAAGUCGAAGUCUUCUCUUCCAGAAGAUGGGCAAACUGCUGGCGAUAAAUCAGAGGAGACCAAUAGCAUCAGUGAUGGGCGUGCUGCUGUUAGCGACAAUGAAAGUAAGAGUUUCAUUGGAGAAGACGUCCCUUCAACUUCCAAUGUUCACUUUGAAUCUAUAAGAGAAUCUCCUUUGCAAACUUUGGGAACUGGUAAUUUAUCCUUACAUAUAUUUGAGAAAAACAAUAACUCGUCCUUAAAGAAUGGGCCAGACUAUAAGAGGAAUGAUAACACCAUCAGCUUCAGUUCAGCUGAUGCGAACGGUGAGAGUACUAGUAGGGCUCAGUCAACUUCAUCGAGAAAUCAUUCUACUGAAAAGAUUGAUCAGUUAUUGGCACAUAAUGACAAUUUGAAGCGAAAUUUGUCACCUAAUGCGGUAAAUAAGCUUCUUCCCUUAAAAAACCAGUUAGCCGUGAGUGGUACAGCUGAUAACAAGAAAGUCAGACGUAAGUCCUUCAGUACUGAUGGGCCAGGCAGUACAAAAGCUCUAGACGAGGACUCCGAUGAUUCAUUCUCAUUUGACGAAAACGAAAAUAAUAAUGCUAAUCAAAAUCAAAAUGGUUCGUUUCAGGAUAUUGGUAUACAAGAUUAUUCUGAUUUUAAGUAUGCGAGCAAGAAAAGAAACAAAGAGUUUCAUCAAAACUUCAAAGAGGUGCCUCGAAGUGAGAGAUUGAUUGAUGAUUUCAGUUGUGCAGUUUCCAGAGAUAUUCUAGUACAAGGAAGAAUUUAUCUUUCUCCGGGUUAUGUUUGUUUCAAUUCCAAUAUUCUUGGCUGGGUUACAAAUAUAAUUAUACCCUUGCAAGAGGUUAUUCAAAUAGAGAAAAAGACUACUGCAGUUCUUUUCCCAAAUGGUAUGGUUAUUCGUACUCUUCACCAAAAGUACGUCUUUGCUACAUUUAUUUCAAGAGACUCAUUUUUUAGUUUGAUUACCAAUGUGUGGCAUAGAGUCUUGCUAGAAGGUAAUGAAAUAGACCCUAGUAAGCUAAGGAAGAGGAUGAAUACAUCAGUCAGUUCGAGACGUACGAAACUUAGUGAUGAAGAUAGCUACUCCAGUGACGAUGAUGAAUACGAUGAGGAAGAAGAAGACGAUGAAAUUCACGCAAAGCUUGAAAAUGAUGUGGAUGUUGAUACCCUGGGAAUUGUAGAUAGUGAUGAAGAUAUCACCAAUAAUACUAAUGGUGCUCCUCAGAAGGAAAAUCCUAGCGAUGGUAAUGCAGCAGUUGCAGAUACUUCUAACGGGGAUCUGUAUAAAGGACUUCCGAUCAUUGGACCUUCCACGCAUGCACCUACAGAAAAUGGAUAUGAAAAAUCUCCCAAUGAUACAUUUAUUUGUGAUGAGACAUUGGAAGCGCCUAUGGGAGCUAUUUUCCGAAUUUUAUUUGGUGAUGGCACUGAUAAGUAUAUCACUAUCUUAAAGGAGCAAAAGAAUUUUGAUAUCACAGAAAGUUCUAUUACUGCAAUAUCAAACAAUAAUAAAGAGAGGAAGUACAGUUAUAUCAAACCCUUGGGCGGUUCCAUAGGUCCUAAACAAACCAAAUGUAAUAUAACUGAUACUUUGAUUGAUUUUUCCAUAGAUUCAUCAAUUUUGGUCGAGCAGGUCUCCAGAACCCCAGAUGUACCCAGUGGAAGUAGCUUCUCAGUCAAAACCAAGAUAUAUUUAAGUUGGGCACCUAACAAUGCUACUAAGAUUUACGUUGUUACCUCCAUUGAGUGGACAGCAAAAUCUUGGAUUAAGGGUGCCAUUGAAAAGGGUAGUAUUGAUGGACAAAAGGAAUCAAUGAAGUCAAUGAUGGCGACAUUAAACAAGUUCAUCAAGACCGCACAGUCAUCUAGCGCUGGCUCUUCUUCAGCUAACGUUGAUAAGAAGAAGAAAAAGAAGAGAAGAUCUACGGUUAAGCAAGAAGACGCGCCUGUGAUUGAAAAGCAGGAACCUGAACCUCCAAAAACAAUCAUCAAUCAAAUAUAUGAUUUGUUUGCCAGUGUUGGAGAUUCAGUACCAAUUUCUAUACCAUUUGUAAAUAGUGCAAGUGCUGGCUUCGUUUAUACCGUAAUCUUGUACUUGGUUAUUCUGUCACUCGGUAGCAUGCUUUUGCAUCUAGUUGGUUUUGGAGGUUCCUCAUCCCUGUCAUAUAGAAUUGGCUCUGGUAAUAUGCAAUCUCCAGAUGACUUCAUUUCGAGGAUUAAAAUCAAUGGAAAUGAAUAUUCCAUUGUCCAAACAGUUGACUCUACUUUAUCGAAUGGAAGAUUGGCUCGAAACACGGAAAUUUCCAUGUGGGAAUGGAUCAGAGACCGCAGUGAGGGCAAAAUAGAUCUUAACGAGUCUGGUUCAAGUAAGCAUGACUUGAAGCCAAUAAAUUGGUCAUCAGACUAUUCAAAUCUUGAAAGGAAGUAUUCGAAAGAUGACAUUGAAGAGAUGUUGGCCAUGACUCGUAUGAAAUUAGAUGAAAUUCAACAACAAAUCUCAAAAUCUGAGUCUUCAGUAUGA